AUGAAUACUGUUAAUAUUGAUCAAACGAAAUUUGAUGAAAAACCAUUUGAGUGUACAUGGCCAGGUUGUGAGUCUAAAUUUAAUCGUCAAGAUAAAUUGACCAGACAUGAACGAUUACAUACUGGUGAAAAACAACAUCCGUGUACAUGGCCUGGUUGUGAAUGUAAAUUUAAACGUAAAAUAAAUUUGACCAUACAUGAACAAAUUCAUACUGAUAAUGAACAAUUUCAAUGUGAACAUUGUGAUCAAUGUUUCAGUGAAUCUGAUGAUCUUACCAGGCAUAAGGAACGAACACAUUCAGAUGAAAAACCAUUUGAGUGUACAUGGCCAAAUGAAAAACCAUUUGAGUGUACAUGGCCAAGUUGUGGAAAAAAAUUUAAACGUAAAGAAAAUUUGACCAGACAUGAACGAAUUCAUACUGGUGAUGAACCAUUUCAAUGUGAACAUUGUGAUCAAUGUUUCAGUGAAUCUGGUAAUCUAAAAAGAGCAUUCAGUACAUAA